CAGUAGACCACACAGAUCUAUCUAAAGCAGCAGCUUGCAGUGGGGAUAGUUGUGCUCCCAAGACUGAGUUGAGGAGAGGUCUGACAAGACAUAAGGUUUUUCUCAGGCAUCAGGAAUGUCUUCUGAGCCCACUUCAUCUGCCUCGCAGCAGUCCCCCACCUCUCCACCCUCACCCAGUUCUCUCCAUCUGCCUGAAAACCGCAGAGCAAGAGAUCGCUCCCCGUCGCCCAUGAGAGGGUACCUGAUCCCCAGCCCACUGCCCACCCGACGGACCAGGACGUUUUCAGCGACCGUGAGAGCAUCGGAGGGUCCUAUCUACAAAGGUGUCUGUAAAUGCUUCUGUCGCUCCAAAGGCCAUGGCUUCAUUACCCCUGCAGAUGGAGGGCCCGACAUCUUCGUACACAUCUCUGAUAUCGAAGGCGAGUAUGUUCCUGUGGCAGGCGACGAGGUCACCUACAAGAUGUGCACCAUCCCUCCAAAGAACGAGAAGCUUCAGGCGGUGGAAGUGGUGAUUACCCAUCUAGCUCCUGGAACCAAGCACGAGACCUGGUCAGGGCAUGUCGUCAGCUCCUGAGGUGUCCCGAAGGGAGCGUGUCUGCUGCCUGCAUGGUCACUGCUCAACAACUGGCUGCAGGGGACCUGUCCUAAGAAUAUUCUACAUAUUGUGUGGGAGGAAAUACUGCAUUGUCAAUAAAGCAGAAGCAGGCCAACAUUACCAUUUUUACAGCUGGGCUGAAAAAAAGAAAAAAAAAAAGGCAAUUCAAAUGCUAAUGAAAAAAAAUCUAAUGUAAUGUGUUUACAAAAACCGUAUUUUAAAGAGACCUAGUUUGUGUGCUUGGUGGAGGGGAGGAGGUUUGGUUUUUCUUUUAUCUUGUGAACUGAUUCCAGGAAAUGACCAGGGGAAUCGGGGAGAGGUUUGAAGAAGAGCUUUUCUAGCGCAGACGGCCGUAGCAGAGGCACAACUCCAAGGCCCUGGAGGUGCGAGAGCACUGUGUUUCCUUGACCUGCUCUUCUGUAGGGGUUGGAAUACACUCGUUACUGGUAACAGUGCUGGAAUGCCUUGGCUUGAGAGAGGGAGAGAGAGGUGUUCAUUGCUGCGAUUUGUUUUCCUCAUGGAAGCAAGCUCACAAAUGGAGCAGCUGCCACAAGGUGGAGAAUUUCCAUCUGGUGGUUAUGCUCUGAUGGCCAAGGCUGGGUGCCCUUCAGGUGCAUCGUUUGCAAAUGGCGUGUCUGCAUAUGUGUGGAAUUUUGUGGAUUUAAAGCCUGGAUUGUUUGUGAAUUUACUUAGGUGCCUUGAUGGUUGAUUAGCAACAGAUUUUAUAGGCCAGUAUUAAAAAAACAAACAAACAAAAAACCCGAACCAAAAUUUAAAAAAUUUGCUUCAAGGUAAGUGGUAGAAAGCUGUAGAGUAGUGGAUAGUUCAUAGCCUGUGUGUCUGAAUUUAGACAAAGCUGAAGAUUACCUUCUUGACUGCAUAUAGUUGAAUGUCUGCCGUAGUAGUUCACUGGGCAGGCAGAGUAACUGUACUUCUGAAAAGCAAGUUCUAUGCUGUUCAGAUGACUAUGUAUAAAAUACUGUGUGAGUUACUUAAUAGGCUCAGCUGUCUGGGUGAAGUAGAUUCUGCGGCUCUUUCCCUGGAAAACUUGCUUGGUAGGAUGUGAUAUGGUCACCCUUGCCCUGACUCUUCUCUCCCUGCAAGAUUUUGUGUAGUUGUAGUGCAACUAAAUUAGUUUUGUUCCUGUUUGCCUUCCACGUCUUUUUUUUUUUUUCCCCUCAAAUGAAGCAUUUUUCUCUAUUAUGUUCCUAACAGUGGAUUUUUAUUGACUUUGCAAAUAAAAAAAAAAAAAGAUGGCAUGAUACUCUUCUGUUAGUUGUGUGAAACAGUAUAACUUCAGUUGCCUGUUUGCAGUUUUACCAAUAGGGACUCGCUGUCAUGAAAUGUCCUAAGACUCUUUCGCAGGAGAUGAUCUGUUCUGAGGUCUGACCUGGGGGGAGCACAGAUGUAUGGAGGUUAGUAACUGCUGUGAUAGCUUGUUUUACCUUAGCUGUACCUGUGUUACACCAUAGUGUACAAUAAUGACCAGCCUGUAGCAGAGUUUUGGGGGUUUGUUUAUUUUUUAUUAACCAUAAGACUUAGUAGUGGUGGAUUUAAUGCUUGUUGGAAUAUCACACACUGCUUCUUUUACAAUAAAUGCGACCAUUAUAAUGCUUUAA